UCGACAAGACAAGAGGUGUAUAUUACUUCAAACAUGUGUACCGUUGUAUAUAGUUUGACCUCGACAUUGGGACAUAAUACCCUCUCGGGUGUAGUUGGACUUUAAUUCUGUACUCUAUUUAUGGAAGGGUAUGUUUUCGCAGGAAGUAGUAGGAAAUAUCAUUUGUUUAUAUCUACAAUAGAGAAGACAAACACAGGGCCAUCAUGAAGUGCUCGUUGCACAAAGACCAGACCGUAAUCAUGGUUUGUCAAAGGCAGGAAUGUGAAACUUGUUUGGUCUGUGUUCUCUGUAUAGCGGGACCACAUAAAGGACAUGAGAUGACAACUCUGGAGGAGGUCGGAAAAUCAGUGAAGAUACUACUCCAGGAAGAGUCCAAGGCAACCAUCAAAUAUCUCGAAGAUCAGAAUAAGCAACUGAAACGUAUUAAGAGGAUGGAACAGGUAAAUGACCAAAAACAGAAGAGCGUCCAUAAAUUGAUGGAAGCACAAGGUCAACAGAUGCACGAAUAUGUGGAUAAAGUCAUAAACCAUAUGACUUCCCAGUUUAACAAUAAGUAUGAACGACGCCUGAAAGAGUUGAAGAGCAUAUAUCAAAAGACAAAAGAUUCCAGUGAGACAAUACAAACAUCACAAGAGAGGCUGAAACAGAUUCUAGAAACAGACGACUGGAUACAAAUCAUCCAGGAAGGGAGGAAAACAAUGACAGUUCCCAUAGUAGAAGAUCUCCCCGAGGAUACCACACCAGAAGUAAGAGUAGAGGAAAUCAACAAGACUCUUGUUACCGGGAUCCUGUCCGCUCUACAGCAAUGCCAGCCUCAGACUACAAGUUCACCCAGUGAAGCCGAAGUUGUUGAACACACAUCAGAUUUUGAGGGAACCAUCUACAGACACAAAACAUUAAAAUCAGUUUCUUGUAUAACGAUUUCACCAGACUACAUAUCAAGCGUUGCUCCAGGUAAAAAUGAUACAUUUUGGGUUAUAAUAAACAAGGAAAUGAAAUUCUGCAACAAACAAGGAAUUGUUAACAACACUAUCAGAAAUGAAACGAAGAUUCGUGGGAUAGCUAUUAAAGAGUUUGAUCAGGUACUUACAACAUGUCCUGAUGGGAAAUGUGUAAAGAAGAUCACAUCUGGGGGUAAACAGUUACACAGUUUUAGUACAGACCCAUUGACGCCUAACCGAUUAUGCGUUGCAAGUAACGGUGACAUUUUAGUCACGCUCGUUUCCUCGUUUGAGGAUCCAAUUCCGGAGACAGUUGGAGUAGUGAGUCGGUACACACCACAGGGAAAGAGGAUGAUCACGUUUGAGAGGGACCGAUUUGGUAACACCAUAUGUCCUAAGUAUGUAGCUGCCAGCCGAAUCUCUGACAUGGUAGUAGUAACUUCUAUCACAAAUCAAAGUAGUGAUAAUUACUUCAAUGGUCACGUGAUAGUGAUGACUGGGGACCUACAGGUGAAAUUCCGGUACCUCAGUGAUGGCCAGGUCAUUCCUGGUGACCAGCAGUAUCACCAAGACAUUUCCACCAAGCACUUCAGUCUUGGUAUCGACAGUAUGGACAAUAUCAUACUUGGGGACAUCAAAUCAGGUAGUGUAGAGAUUAUAGACAAACAUGGACGCAGACUUCAGUGUCUGGGGCAGGUCGAUGGACUGAACGACCUUACCGUUUCUAUUGACGACCAGUUAUGGAUAGGAAAAAAGGCAGGACAAGUGGAGGUAUUUAAGUAUAUGUAAAUCUAAGAACAUCCUUACUAUAAGUGUUGUAAAUUCGAAUGUAUACCCUGUCAUAUAUUUAAUUAAGAAAGCAACACGUGCUUCAUAUUCUAGAUUGCACUUCUGGUGGAAACGUCUUAACUCUUUAAAAUUCAAAAUGUUAAACGCUCGUUUUAGUGCCUAUUUCUGAAAAAUGACACUUGCAAGUGAUCGGAACUGCCCCACGUAGGUUUCGAACUUGCAACCCAUUGGUUGAGGGCUAGUGAUAAGUGCCGGGCACCACUCGGCCCCCUCUAUGUUUUAAAGUCUGGUGGUAUCAAUUGUACCAUAGUUUACCUACAAAUAGUGAGUGUUUCUCUUGUCAUAUACAAUGUUAUGUUGUUUGUAACUUUCUCGUACCCCUUGGAUUUUCACCGGACGGAUAUCUCUAGGCUUGCUUGGUAAAGCAGUUCGCAUAAUUAACGCAAUGAAGCUAAUUAAACGCCGAGAUUCACCAAGUCAAGGCGUCAUGAAGAAAGAAACCGUAAACACAGAAUAGUGUUUUAGUUUCACCUUUACUUUCCCGCCAUAGACUUUCCUUUCAAAAUUUCUUUUUUUCUUGUGUGUAGAUGAACUACUAUAUAACUACCGCUUUACUAACAAUGAUUAACUGUUAUCUGGUUGAGUUUGGUCAACUUAUGAAGGAUAGAGUAAGAUCUAUCAUAGAGAGCAGACUGAAGGACGAAAACCAAGGCAGGAACAACCAUGAGACAACCACCAAGUAUUAGUAGAAGAUAUACAUUGUAUGGAGGUAACCAAGAGACACUCCAGUAUGGUGGGCUAAAAAAGAAUGAGAUUAAGGGGCACCUAAACAGCAAAUCCAACCAAAACAGUUGAUAUUUUACAAGGCUAUACAUCCCUACUAGGGUGCAAUUUAAUAGAAGUAACUUGAUAAAAUUUUGAU